AUGCAAUCUUUAUCAUCUCUUCGUUUUCUUGCAAUUGGUGAUUCAUUAACUGCUGGUUUUACUAAUUAUGGUUUAUCUUUUCAUCCAUAUUCGAUUCAACUAACAAAUUUAUUUUCAUCUCUGAAUAUUCCAAUAACUGUUGAUCAACAAGGUCAUUGUGGUGAUCAUGUUGUUCCAUCAAUGGUUAAAAGACUUGAAAAACUCUUAUCAAAUAAAGAUAAAUCAUAUUAUGAUUGGAUAAUUAUAUUAGGUGGAGCGAAUGAUUUAAGUUAUAAUAAAAAAGGUGUAGAUAUAUUUAAUCAAGGCUUAAAAUUAAUGUAUAAUAUGGUUCUUGAAAAUACAAAUCAAAAUACAAAAUUAGCUGUUAUGACUGUUAUAGAAAAUGCUCAUAAUUCACCAGAACAUAGACAAGAUAAAGAAAGAGAAACAUUAAAUACAAUGAUUAGAAAUUUUGCUGAGACUUAUGAAGAUAAAACAAGAAUUUGUCUUAUUGAUCUUGAUAAAAAUAUUCCAUAUCAUAGUAUCAAAGACAUUAAUCAAAGAAAUGCUAUUUGGGAUGAUCUUGUUCAUUUGAAAGCUGCUGGUUAUGAUCAAAUGGGAAAAAUAAUUUUCGAAGAGAUUUCUAAAAAACUAAAUCAAUAA